AUGACCAGCGGCGGCAAUGGCGGCGAGGAAAAACUUCUGUAUCUCUUCACAAACAACGACUUGUGGGAUGUGGAUGACGCCGACGACACGAUUCUGCGCGAGUUCUCCAAGGCGGAAAGCCUCCAAAUCAAUGUGACCAAAGUCACGGACGACUCAUUGAACACGUUUGCUCACAUGGCCGCGCUAUGGGACCGACCGCGUGUGUUGGAGCAUUUGAUUCGAGUUGGCGCCGACUUGAAUGCGACGAAUAAGGUCGGGAACACGCCCGCGGAUGUCGCCAUGCACUGGGGGAAUGCGGAUUUGGCGCUGCAAAUCAAGCACUAUGGGGGAAAGCACUGUUGCGAACAAGAACGCGACUUGGCCAUUGCCCAGCGCGACUUCGUACAGAGCAAGAUCGACGACGCGUUGUCCAAAAUGGAGAAAGCUGUGGGCGACUGGCUCCAGGUCUCGAAGGACAAAGAAGACCUGCGAAUCGAGCGGGACCGUUUGCUAUUCCACGUAGACGACAUGGAGCGCCAGAUGAGUCAAGUCAAGACCGACUAUGCCACGUAUCGAGGACUGUACGAGCAGCGGCAGCUCCAGGUGGAAGCAAUGCGGCUAGAAGUGGACAAACUGCGCGCGACGGUCGCUGACGAGUCCCAAGCCAAGCAGAAUGCCCUACAGGGCUGGCAAAAGGCGGAGCGAUACGCCAAAGAAGUCCAGCACAUGCGUGAGAUCGCAAUGCAGUGCGAGGAGGAGGCGGUGCGAAUGCGCGACGACGCUGUAUGCGAGCGCGAUGCCGCCCGCGAACUGACCAAAAAAGCGCAAGCAGACCACGUGGUCGCUGUGACGUUGCAGCGGCAGGCUGAAGCAGAGCGGGACGUUGCGUUCAAGGAGAAGGACGACGCGAUCGCAAACAUCCGCACGCAGAUCGAGCAGUGGGCGGUCAAGGUUAAAGAAGCCGAGCACGAGCGCGCGAUGAUUCAGGUCGAGAUCAACAGGCAAAAGGCAAGCUUGGAAGCAAAGUGCAAGUGGCUCGAGAAGGAGCUCGCCCGAGUGAACUUGCUCAGCACCGUUUUGGAGAGUCAGCUGGGGGAGACUACGCUCAAACUGACGCAGGCUCAGACGAGCCAGGAAACGUCGUCGACGCAACUGGAGAAGGCUCUGCGCAAGACAAAGCGACUCGAGAAUGAACUGAAGGAGCUCAUCGAAGCACGGACGGAAGAGAAGAAGAUGUGGAAGGUGCGAGAGCAACAAGCGCUGCACAUCGAGUCGCAGCACGCAAUGCAGACGAUUCUGCGCGCGGCCAUGCGACUCUGGACAAAGCUUGCCAACGUCGAGUGGAUUUUCGACUUUGUCGCGCAUCCUGAGGCGAUGGACGAAGAUGUUGGACGUCCCAAAGGAGAACCCAGGGAGUUCGGGGGAGCAGAUGGGAUGUGGAAGUCCCCCAAGAAGGGAUGGCGGCCUCAAACUACCCACGAUCACGCGCGGCCUCACCACCACAGACAUUCGACGCCCCAGCUGCUCACGCCACUGUCGUCGCCACCGCCACUGGAGACCAAGGCGUCAGCAAAGUUCGUCGAGAAGCUCGAGUCGAUUCAAGGCAAGGUCAAGACGUGGAUGCAGUGGUGCAAACAGUCGUUGGACAUCGACGUCAAGUGGGACAAAGCCCUGCUCGACCAGUCGGCGCAGAACAUCGAUUGCCUCCUCACCGUGACGGACGGGCUCUUUGACUUUUUAGGGGUCGCGAUGAAGGACAAGUACGCCGAGUUCCGAAAACACGUCGACAUGCAAGUGAAGAACGUCGAGCGCAAGGAAGUCUUGUUGAAGCGGUUCACUCAGCACCGGGAAGAGUCGGCGAGGCGGGCAAAGCCGGCGCAGUUCCGCGAAUGCUCGAUUGGGCCGGGUUGA